AUGGCGUCCAUUCGCAAUGACCUACCGACGCUUGAACAAGUAUUAGCUCGAAAGACACAACCACCCGUGUGCCUGUACAAUUUGUAUAUUAUCAUGAGAGACCGUCUUCAUAUGGAAGAAGUGCUCGACUUUUACCUCGAUGUGCAGCAUCAUCAACUCUUGUGGCGUCGCUACGUAAAGUCAAUGCGACGAUCGGGCUAUCUUACUGAGGAAGACUUGGUUGACGGCUUUCAAUCACCACGAGUCGUGAGUCGACUAUCGCAAGUGGGUUCGUUCGACGAGAAGAAAACAUCACCUUUAUCCUCCACAACAACGCUUGACAAGCAACAACAACAACAACGUGGUCGAUUACAGAUACCUGGUGCUGGUGGUGGAAGAAUCGAAGAAGAUCUGCAGAGUGAAGACAUGUCAGUACCUUUAGAAAGACCACCCCUCGUUGGAGAAGAUGGUGGUGGUGAGGGUGAUGAUGAACCUAGCAACUACAACAUCAACAGCAACAGGAACGCUAUGCGAGAAAAAGCUAUGUUGAAUCGACGAGACUUGACAGACUCUGCACAACGCAUCUUGAUGAAGUAUUUGGUACCUGCAGCAUCCAAGGAAUUGACACAACUGCCUCCAGAGCUAAAGCAUACGAUGCGUCGAGAAAUUGAACAAGGAGGACGCGAUGAUCCAUUGGUCUUUCAAGAUGCCAAAGAUUAUUUGUUCGAAUACAUGCGACGUACAGCUUAUCCCAAAUUCUUGCGACUCAAAGUAUGGGGCAACUUAACGCUAUGGCAACAAUUGGGUCGUCUUGUCGUUGGCUUGGUGUCUUUGCUCGCUGCAUUUGCUACUGCUUUCAGUUUGAUCUUUCUCGAUUAUCCUCAAUGGGGCACACGAUUCUGGGUGUUGCUUCCUUUUUGGAUUGGUGUUCUCAAUGUACUUUGCUUCUUGACAGGAUUGGAUCCUCUGUGGGUUUUGUUAUUCAAUGUCAGUGAAACCACCACUUUCCAUUUCAAUAGGAUUCGUCAGGCACCUGUAAAACGGAUUUUAUGGUCACGAUCAGCUUGGUUGUUAGCGUUGAGCAUUAUUAUAGCAGUGGUCCUCACCAUCAUCUUUGCUGCCGUUCCUUCUCAUCGCCUUUAA